AGACCGAAUCAUCGCCCAUGUGAGUGGCGCGGUGAUCCACAUCGCUGUCGGGCACAGUUGACCUGUCAGAGGCUGCUUCGUCCUCCUACCUCGAAGGUAUCGAUCCAAUCAUUGAAGAAGGAAGCCAAGCAAGGAGGAAGAGAAGGAGGUUUCUGCAAAUGCUUGAGGUAUGGAAAGAUUCACCUUAAGGUCGUCUCCCGCUUUCUUGUAGCCGCGAUUUCUUCGAAGCAGUUCACUCUGCAGCUACCUCGACGUUCCCUCUUUCGAGAUCAGUCCUAAUUUUCCCUAAUUUUUAACUGUUGAAGCCAUCCCUUUGAAUAGUUUUUAGUAGAAUGGGGGCUAAAAGCUCAGCCGAAGGGAGAAGCCGGGAAACAAGGACUUCCACUCCUUACCGUGGAACAGAACACGCUGAGCCGCCCUACUCAGCACAUGAAUGGGAUCCCCAUAGCAGUCAUCAUCCCUAUCGCAGUCAUCACCGCCACAGCCAUUUUCAUUCUCUGCAUGAGUUCCAUCCCGUGGCAUUCCCUUCCGAGUCGUCCCACUUCCGGUUGUUUCCACCGGCAGGCUACCCAUCGGUGCCUCCAAAUAACACAGUCCGCAAUCAGAGGAGGAGGAGCAAUUCUCCAACCGGUGGAAAGAGGCCCAAGUUGGAACACAGGUACUCAAGGAUAGCCGAUGGCUUCACUUCCUUGAACCAGGUAACUGAGGAGCUGGCAAAAUCUGGGCUUGAGUCAUCAAACCUCAUUGUAGGAAUUGACUUCACGAAAAGUAAUGAGUGGACAGGUAAGAAUUCAUUCCAUGGCUGCAGCUUGCACCACAUAGGAACUACUAAAAAUCCUUAUGAACAAGCAAUCUCCAUUAUUGGACUGACCUUGUCAAAAUUCGACGAAGAUAACUUAAUCCCAUGCUUUGGUUUCGGAGAUGCAUCUACCCAUGACCAAGAUGUAUUUAGCUUCUACCCAGGGAAUAGACCAUGUCAGGGUUUUGAGGAAGCUUUAGAUCGGUAUCGAGAAAUUGCUCCAUUUGUGCGAUUAGCUGGACCAACAUCUUUUGCACCAAUUAUUGAAAUGGCCAUGACCAUUGUGGAGCAGAGUGUAGGGCAAUACCAUGUUCUAUUAAUAAUUGCUGAUGGGCAGGUAACAAGAAGUGUAGAUACUGAAACUGGUCGAUUAAGCCCCCAAGAACAGAAGACAGUUGAUGCUAUGGUCAAAGCUAGCAAAUAUCCCUUAUCCAUUAUUUUAGUUGGAGUUGGAGACGGACCAUGGGACAUGAUGCAUGAAUUUGAUGACAACAUACCUUCUAGAUCUUUCGAUAAUUUCCAGUUUGUGAAUUUCACAGAAAUUAUGUCCAAGGAUGCACCAGAAAGUCGUAAAGAGAUGGAGUUUGCUCUUGCAGCACUUAUGGAAAUACCUUUGCAGUACAGAGCAACAUUGGAUCUUGGGAUUUUAGGUCAGCAUGCCAAUACAUCACCAAGAAGAGUGGCCCUUCCUCCUCCUGCUGCUGUUCCCAAUUCAGCACCAAUUGGCUCACAAUCUUUUCAUUCCUCACCUGAUUCUAUGCAAAGCUUCUCAUCUUCUUCUGAUAGUACAACUCCAGCUCUAACAGUGUCAGUUGCAAGUACCUCUUCAGACACGGUUUGCCCGGUUUGUCUUGCCAACCUCAAAAACAUGGCAUUUGGCUGUGGGCAUCAGAUAUGUCGUGAAUGUGGGCCACUUCUCAGCUCCUGCCCCAUUUGCCGUAGAGCAGUUGAGACAAGAAUAAAUCUGUAUUGAUGCACAUAUUUCCUGGACAAAAGGUGGCCUUUAAGCUUUGGAAUUCCAAUCUCAGACACGAGAAAGCUUUGUCAAUGUAAAGUUGUGAGUGGCAAUAUCAUGUAGGAAGAAUUAAAGUUGUGAAUGGCAAUAUUAAGUAAGCUGUAUGUUCUAAUAGUGUAAAUUAAUAAACAGGCUUUGAAGAGUUUGGUCAUGAGUUUUUCUUAGUUUGUAGUCCCCCGCAGUUUAUUGAGCCACCUCCAAAGAUGUAUGUAUCAAUUUCAUCUUUUAGCGUCUCUGUAAUCUCUUGCGUUGUCUCUUUUCUCCAAGUCGAAGUUGUAUAUUCGAUAAGAAUUGUUGGUGUACAGGAAACAUAUCAGAAAAUGAAUUUGGAAAAUGUAUAUAUA